AUGAAAGCUAUAGUCGAACUACAAUUUCCGAAGAUCCUGAAACAACUAGAAACGUAUCUCGGUAUGACUGGUGCGUUACGACAGUAUAUCCAUCGGUAUGCAGCCAAGGCUGAACCACUACAGUUACGGGAAAAGAUGCUCUUAAAAGAAGCCCCUGUGAAAGGAGCCCCACGGAAGCGACAAGCCGACAGAACAACACUGCAACUGAUCAAGGACGAGCUCCAGGCCUUCGCCAAAAAUGGCAGUCAAACGUCGCCGCAGGUCAACUAUAUCCUCUGGUUUAUCUCCGUUGCCCACCUUGAGCCUUGCACCGCCGACCCUGCGAACUUCCCAUCAGACGACGCCAAGCCACCACCAGUUCGUGUCGGAGACCACGACGAAUGGGAGAUUAAAAAGCUGAUCCGCCUCCACGAAGACAACAUCCUUGUCAAGUGGAAAGGAUAUUGCGACUGCACUUGGCAGCCUGUCUCGACUAUCAAGGAGGAUGUUCCUGACCUUUGGCAGGCCUUUGAAAACGUAGGCUGA